GCCGGCGGAGGAGCGGAGCGAGGAGGAUGCGAGUGCGGCGGCGCCGCCCCGGCCCCGCGCUGCGCUGAGCUGAGCCGAGCCAAGCCGAGCCGCCUCAGGGCAUGUUUUCAAGCCAUUUGUGAGGAAAUGUGGUGAAUGUAAACUUGCUCUCUUCGGGGGGGAAGUUGUGCUGAGGCUCGCAUUAGCCCUUUUGGCCACAGCCUUGCGAGGGGAAUUCAUGUCGAGCUGAUUACUUCCCAGGACCCCUGGUCUCACAUUCAGUCUGUGCUUCGGAGGAUAGAGUCCUCUCUCUCCCUCUCUUCCUGAUUUUAGAUAAUGGGCUGUGUGCAAUGUAAGGAUAAAGAAGCAACAAAACUGACUGACGAGAGGGAUGGCAGUUUAACUCAAAGCUCAGGCUACCGCUAUGGGACAGAUCCUACUCCUCAGCACUAUCCCAGCUUCGGUGUGACUUCAAUCCCAAACUACAACAACUUCCAUGCCACAGGAGGCCAAGGACUGACUGUGUUUGGUGGAGUCAACUCCUCCUCUCAUACAGGGACGCUGCGUACAAGAGGAGGAACAGGUGUAACUCUUUUUGUGGCGCUUUAUGACUAUGAAGCAAGAACAGAAGAUGACUUGAGUUUUCACAAAGGAGAAAAAUUCCAGAUACUUAACAGCUCGGAAGGAGACUGGUGGGAGGCCCGUUCCUUGACAACAGGAGAAACUGGUUACAUUCCCAGUAAUUAUGUGGCUCCAGUCGAUUCCAUCCAAGCAGAGGAGUGGUACUUUGGCAAGCUGGGCCGAAAGGAUGCCGAGAGGCAGCUGCUGUCGUUUGGAAACCCCAGAGGUACCUUCUUGAUCCGGGAAAGCGAAACUACCAAAGGUGCCUAUUCCCUGUCUAUUCGAGACUGGGAUGAUAUGAAAGGAGAUCAUGUCAAACAUUAUAAGAUUCGUAAACUUGACAAUGGUGGAUAUUAUAUCACAACUCGGGCACAAUUUGAAACUCUUCAGCAGCUGGUUCAGCAUUACUCAGAGAGAGCUGCAGGUCUUUGCUGCCGCUUAGUAGUCCCCUGUCAUAAAGGAAUGCCAAGGCUUACUGAUCUGUCUGUCAAAACCAAAGAUGUCUGGGAAAUUCCACGAGAAUCCCUACAGUUGAUCAAGAGACUGGGAAAUGGGCAGUUUGGGGAAGUAUGGAUGGGUACGUGGAAUGGAAAUACUAAAGUGGCUAUCAAGACCCUGAAGCCUGGCACCAUGUCUCCAGAAUCCUUCUUAGAGGAAGCCCAAAUCAUGAAGAAGCUAAAACAUGACAAAUUGGUCCAACUUUAUGCUGUGGUAUCUGAAGAGCCUAUCUAUAUUGUCACAGAGUACAUGAGUAAAGGGAGUUUGCUAGAUUUCCUCAAGGAUGGAGAAGGAAGAGCCUUGAAGUUACCAAACUUGGUGGACAUGGCGGCCCAGGUGGCCGCGGGCAUGGCGUACAUCGAGCGGAUGAAUUACAUACACAGGGAUCUGCGCUCUGCCAACAUCCUGGUGGGCAACGGCCUCAUAUGCAAGAUUGCCGACUUUGGAUUGGCAAGGCUGAUUGAAGACAAUGAAUAUACAGCCAGACAAGGUGCAAAGUUCCCCAUUAAAUGGACUGCACCAGAAGCGGCGCUGUACGGAAGGUUCACAAUAAAGUCUGACGUGUGGUCCUUUGGGAUCCUGCUGACAGAGCUGGUAACAAAAGGGAGAGUGCCAUACCCAGGCAUGAAUAACCGGGAAGUCUUGGAGCAAGUAGAACGAGGUUAUCGGAUGCCGUGUCCUCAGGACUGUCCCAUCUCCUUGCAUGAGCUUAUGAUUCACUGCUGGAAAAAAGACCCAGAGGAGCGUCCAACUUUUGAAUAUUUACAGGGUUUUCUUGAAGACUACUUCACUGCAACAGAACCCCAGUACCAGCCUGGUGACAACCUGUAAAUCCUUGGUUUCCAGACACUGUCAUGAAUUACCAGGAAUUUCUCAGCCCUGUCCCACCUGCUCUCCACCUUCCAACUCUGUGAUCGGCUUCUCCAGAGUGCAACAUCUUCCAGCACUGCAGUGCACAGGAGGGGCUGCAGCUGGGAACUUCCACAGCCCUUGCCUACGACCACUUGUCCUAAUAAUCUGAAUGUCCUGGAUGAAAAGGAGAAAAACACUUGUUUUUUCUUAAUCAAAGACUCCAAAACUGCAUUGUAUUGAUGUUAUGUAAACUGCAAAACCUCUGUUCAUUGUAAAUAGUAACUCAGUGCCAAUAACUGAUCCUAGUGCUUUCCUUUUUUUAAAAUGCAAAACCUAUGUGAUUUUAACUAGUCUUCUCCUGAUUCAACUAAAAGUAUUAUUUUCCAGAAGUGGCCUCUUUGUCUAAAACAUUUUUUUUUUCAUGUUUUAACAAAUAAAAAAAUCAGGACAGGUGUUUGGGUUUUUGCUUUUUUAUAUAUAAAAUAUAUAUAAUAUAUAUACAUACCUGUACAUACAGUAUAUGGGUGCUAUUGCAGAGGAGGCUCAUUUGGAAUUGAAUGACUCCUGCUGCAGCUGUACCCAAAAAGCGAUAAUUUUACUGCAGACAUGAAAACACUGGUGGGAUUCUGAAAGCCAGUGAUCUAAUUUUUGGCUUUUGCCAAGCAUGAUUUUUUUAAAUUGGAUUGCACUUUUUGUUUAUGAUUAUGUACCUGUAGAUGGUUGUAACUUUGCUCUUUCAGGAAUCACGUGCUGUAUUUACAGUAAUGUUUCCAACGUUUGACAAGUGUGUGAUGAUUUGUUCUUGAAAUUAAAACGAACAUAUUUAAAGCAAGAAAACUACACCAUCACCGUUUGAACUGGAAAAUUGAAACUGCAAGGACUUCUUGUAUCAAAACAUGUAUACUGAAUUGUUUCAAAAAAAUUUAUUAAGCAGUGUAACCACAUUCAGAUGGUCUUAAAAUAAUAGCAUUUUAGCCAUGUCCCCCUGCUAAACUGUUGGUCAUGCAACUAGGAUUUUUCUGUUUUAUGUGUAACAUUUUUCCAUUGUAAAAUAAGUGUGUUGAGUGUCCUGUACUGCUAAUGAAAUUACUUUCUCUGUGUCUGCAAGUUCUCCAGUGGAAUUACUAUGCACUUCUUUACAUUUCAUGGGGGAUGCACAGAACAAAGUAUUACCUUUUCAGUUGUCUGUACCAGCCUUGAAUUACUUACGUUUAACCAAAAAACACAAAAAAAAUUCCUUUCUAUUUCUAUUGAGUUUUUAAUACUGAGUUGCAAAUUUUAAAGUCUUAAUUACAUUUUGUUAUGGUUUAUUCACAAGUUUACAUUUUAAAACUGUUUAACUUUCUUAAUUUAGUAAUUAAAAAACAAAAGAGCAUUUUA